CUUCAACAUGGAUCGAAAACGCGUUAAUGGCCCCGAAUUGAGUGUUCCUCCUAUCUUCAAAAAAUCAAUGGACGUAGAACCCACAGUUCUUGUCAAUCAGAAUAAGAAGCGUGCUGAUCAAAGAGGCCUCGAUGACAUUCGACCAAUUUAUCUCAAGACUGGAUUAGUCACUCAAGCAAACGGAUCUGCUUAUAUUGAAAUUGGAAACACUAAAGCCGUCUGUGCAGUUUAUGGACCUCGUCAAUUGAAGAAGGCUGGUUUCUCCAGAAAUGGCACUCUCAAUUGCGAAUUCAAAUUCUCGACAUUUUCUUGCACCAAACGAAGAAAUAAUAUGCGUGACCCUCAAGAAAAAGAGUUUUCACAAAUCCUUGUCCAAGCACUUGCACCAGCAGUACGCUUGGAACUCUUGCCAAAGUCAGCAAUUGAUGUCUAUGUUAACAUACUCGAAAAUGAUGGAACAAGCUCUUGUUUGUCGGCAGCAAUUAUCGCUUCAAGUGUUGCAUUGGCAGAUGCUGGUAUUGAAAUGUGGGAUCAAGUAACUGCCUGCUCAGCGGUACUGUCAGAGGAUCAGGUCUUAAUGGACGGCACUGAGGAUGAAGAAAAGAGACAGACCGGCGCAAUUAUUCUUUCUUACAUGCCUUCAUUAAACGAGGUUACUCAUAUAUUACAGUCUGGAAAGUCAGAAACUGCACUCACAACACAGGCUGUAGAACAGUGUAUCGAUGGUUGCUCAAAGAUCAGCAGUGUAAUGGCAACUGCGCUUUUGCAAUCGCUCGACAAAUCCUCUGGCUUAUAA